GUCGUCUUCAUCUAGGUCAUCCAGUUAAGGGAAGAUUGAACAAUCACUGUCAAUAAGCGGUUUGCAACUUCGGGAGAAUAACAACCAGAGCCACAGCCGACUUUCGAUUCUCCUGAGAAUUGCAUCCACUUCCAUGGCGGAACCAAAGAAGAUAAUCAUAGACACCGACCCUGGCAUCGGUAAAUUCUUCUUUCAGCAGUCUAUGGAUUACUAUCAUCAUCAUCAUCAUCAUCAUCGUCUUGUUAAAUUGAAGAUGAUGCCAUGGCAAUAUUUGUGGCAUUAAGGUCACCAGAAAUCACAGUGAUUGGGCUUACGACUAUUUUUGGAAACGUUUACACCACACUUGCCACUAGAAAUGCAUUGCACUUGUUGGAGGUUGCUGGGAGAUCAGAUAUCCCUGUUGCAGAAGGAUCUCAUGUCAGUUAUAUGAAAUCCACAAAGCUUCAAGUUCGCGACUUUGCCCAUGGGAUGAAUGGACUUGGAAACCAGAACUUUCCUCAGCCAAAGUCAAAGCCAAUAGAAAAGUCAGCUUCAGAAUAUUUGGUGGAGCAGGCUAAUCUCUAUCCUGGAGAAGUCACUGUGGUGGCAUUGGGCCCCCUUACCAAUAUUGCAUUGGCGAUUCAACUGGACCCCACAUUCACCAAAAAAAUUGGACAAAUUGUUCUUCUUGGUGGUGCUUUUGCAAUAGAUGGGAAUGUGAAUCCAGCUGCCGAGACUAAUAUUUUUGGUGACCCAGAAGCUGCGGAUAUCGUAUUUACUAGUGGAGCUGAUGUUUUGGCAAUUGGCAUGAAUGUUACUCGUCAAGUUAUCAUGAAAAACAAUGAUCUUACAAACUUGGCAAAGUCGGAUGGAAUAUUUGCCAAGUAUUUGUGCAAAAUCCUGGAUCAUUACUUUUCUUAUCAUCGUGAUGCAUACAACAUUAAAGGUAUUUACCUUCACGAUCCAACAGCGCUUCUCGCAACUGUUAAUUCUUCACUGAUGACAUACACAGAAGGUGUUGUUAGAGUCCAGACAACUGGCAUCACAAGGGGUCUAACAUUGUUUUUCAACAAGCGUAAUAGGUUUAAUGAAGCGACUGAAUGGAGCAACAAACGGACAGUGAAAGUAGCAGUAACAGUCGAUGCUCCUGCAGUUGUCAAACUAGUAACGGAACGUCUCAUGUGACUACUUGUGUGAUUAUAAAAAUGUUAAACUAAAAGUUUUAGAGAAAAAUACGUGGAGAAUGAGAUUUGUAUUUCUUGUGUGUUACGAUGUGUUAUAAAUGAGAAGCAACAUAUAAUUGUAAAGAAAAUAGAGUUAAAAACUUAAAAUGGUUAGGUAUAACGUA